AUGUCAAAGGAACAACAACAACCUUUAGACAUUCUAUUUAAAGAAUUGGAUGAAGCAAUCCAAGAACAACAAUACAAGAAAGCUAUUCGUGUUUGUAAUAAAGUAUUAUCACAAAGUGUAAAUGAUGUUGAAGCAACACAAUGUAAAGUACUUUGUUAUAUGUAUUUAGGUAGUUUCCAAGAUGCAGUUGAUACCAUCAACAAAUCAGGACCAUUAAAAGAUAGUUUUGUAUUUGAAAAGGCAUAUUGUCUUUACAGCAGUGCAAAGUAUACAGAUGCUUUAAAGGAAACAACUUCAAUUCAAUCAAAACCAAACAAUGUUUUAGAAUUGGAAGCUCAAAUUUAUUAUAAACUUGAAAACUAUGAAAAGACAAUUGAAAUUUAUGAACAAUUGUUAUCACAAUCUGGUUAUUCACAAUCAUCUGAAUUGAUUACCAAUCUUUGUGCAGUUUAUAUUGAUGCUGGUAAAUUCAAGGAAUGUCAAGACCUACUUGCCAAACAUAAAUCAAUCAUGACCAAGACCUAUGAACUUGCUUACAAUUCUGCUUGUCUUUUACUUUCAAGAAAUGAUAUUAAAGCUGCUGAAACUCAAUUAAAAUUGGCUAAAAAAAUAUGUAUUGAUACAUUAACAAAAGAUGGAUAUGAACAAGAAGAUAUUGAUGAAGAAUUAUCAGCAAUUCAUGUUCAAUUGGGUUAUUGUCAACAGAUGAAUGGUCAAUUAGAGAGUGCACUUGAAAGUUAUCAAAAUGUACUUGGAAAGAGUUAUGGUGACAGUGCAUCGAUUGUUGCUCAAAACAAUGUAAUCUCUGUCAAUGGUCGUAAUGAACAAAAGACAAAGAGUGAGUUGCUCGAACAACUCAAGGGUGUAUUUGCCGAAUCAUCUGAAUCCAAACUCAACUCUUCACAGAAAAAGGCUGUCAAUCUCAACCACUGCAUCCUCUUGCUCCAUUUGAAAAAGGUAUCACAAUGCGAGGAAUUGGUAAAGUCACUCAAGACCAAGAACAAGGACAGCGCCAACUUUAAGGAAUACGUUGAAGAUCUCGACCUCAUUGUCGCAUUCCUCUUGAUGCGUGAAAAGAAAUGGAGAGAAGCCGAAGAAAUCCUCAAGAAAUACAAGUCACUCAAGGCUCAAUUAACUCUUGCUCAACUUCAUCUCACUGAAGGUCAUCCAGAAAAGACCCUAACUGUUUUACAAUCUUUAGACUCUUCAACAAAGACCAAACCAGGUAUCAUUGCUACUUGUUUUGCUCUCUAUGAAAAAUUAGGUGAUUAUGAAAAGGCAAUCUCUAGUUUAGAUAUUCAAAUUAAUAAUUUAGAAUCAAAGAAUAACAAGGAUGAAAAAGAAAUUGAUUCUUUUGUGGAUUUAUUAAAAUUAAGUGCCAAUUUAAAGAUGAAACAUCAAAAAUACAAGGAUGCAGCAGAGACUUAUGAAAAGAUUCUAAAGGUUAAUCCAAACGAUUUGUUUGCUUUGCCAUCAUACAUUAUUGCCACCUCUCACUAUGACCCAACACUCUCUCAGAAAUAUCAAGGCAAGUUGCCAAUCAUCAAGCUUACCAACAGCAGUGUCGACGUUGACAAGAUCGAGACAUUGGGUUUGUCCUAUGGCAAGGAAAAGAAGGUCGCCCCCAAGGCUGUCGCCGAGGUACUCAAGAGCAGAAAGGCCAGAGACGCCGCCGCUGCAGCUGCUGCCCUCACCAAAAAGAAACCAAGAUUCUUGCCCAAAAACUAUGACCCUGCUCGUGCCCCAGACCCCGAGAGAUGGUUGCCAAAAUGGCAACGUGCCAAAAACAAACGUAUGGCUGCUGCCAACAAGGGCAAAAACAGCAAUACCAACGCCAACCUCAUGCGUGGAUCUCAAGGUGUCACCACCAAUUCAUCGGCAACCAAUCAAUACAAUGUUGCUGAAAAGAUUAGUAAAGCUGCUGCCGCUGCUGCCACCAGUACUAGUACCACCUCUACCACUAGUACAACUACCAAUACUGCAUCUGCUCAAAAGGUCGUUAAGAAAAAGACAAAGAAAAUGCCCAAGAAUAAAGGAAAAGGAGGAAAGAAUCGUAGAAGAGGAAAGAACGAGAACGAGCAAAAGAGAGAACUCCAAUUCAAGGAGGACGGUCAAGAAUAUGCUCAAGUAUUGAAGAUGUUGGGUAAUGGACGUAUCGAAGCUCAAUGUUUUGACGGUCCAAAGCGUCUUUGUCACAUUAGUGGUCGUUUGAGAAAGAAGGAAUGGAUCAACUGUGGUGAUAUCAUCCUCCUCCAACUCAGAGAUUACCAAGAAGAAAAGGCCGAUGUUAUCAUGCGUUAUACCAUCGACGAAGCUCGUAGUCUCAAGACCCUCGGUGAAUUGCCAGAGACUGCUCGUAUCAAUGAAAAUGAUACCUUUGAUGAUGAUAACAAUGAUAUUCCAUUCGAAUUCGUUGCUGAUGACAAUAUUGAUAUCGAUGCUUUGUAA